CUGAUAGAGGAGGAGGAUAGAGGGAGAAAGGGAGUGUCUGAUAGAGGAGGAUAGAGGGAGAAAGGGAGUGUCUGAUAGAGGAGGAGGAUAGAGAGAGUGAGGCAGUUCCACAGGCAGACGAUAGAAGCAGAUUGAUCUCUCUCGCGCUGUAGUCGGUCCUGUCUACCGGGAGAUGCUCAAGCGUUCCUGAUUUUUCCGCUCUAACCACCGCUAAUUCCCGUUAGAGCUCGUUACCUCCACUGUACUGUUUUCGGUAGUUUGAGGGGGAGUAAAUCGCGUGUCGUCUGUCUGGGAACAUAAGGCUAACCAGGGCUACAGAUCAUCUGGAUCAGAACCUCACGACUAGAAGCACCAGGUCUCCGGUAAAACGUGUAGAUGGAGGACUUGGAUCUUCCCCAGAUGAAGAGGGAGGUGGAGAGUCUUCAGUACCAGCUGGCCAUCAACAGAGAGAAAUCCUCCAUCACGGUUACUGAGCUGGUGAAAUGGAUCGAGGGGUGUGUGUGUGACGACCCAUUCCUGAACCCAGAGCUGAUGAGGGCCAACCCCUGGGUGGAGAAAGGCAAAUGUGUGAUCCUCUAACGGACACACACACGGAUCCACACACACACACACACACACACAGAGACACACACACACACACACUGAGAAACGCACACCAGGUUAUCCCGUCCUAUUUAUUUGUACAUCCAUGUCUAUGGUUUUAGCUGAAAGUAGCCCCCUUCCUAUGAGCAGCAUGUCCUACAUUGAAAGUAGCCCCCUUCCUAUGAGCAGCAUGUCCUACAUUGAAAGUAGACCCCUUCCUAUGAGCAGCAUGUCCUACACUGAAAGUAGCCCCCUUCCUUCCUAUGAGCAGCAUGUCCUACACUGAAAGUAGCCCCCUUCCUUCCUAUGAGCAGCAUGUCCUACAUUGAAAGUAGAUUUGCAGAGCUCAUCUCAUAGCUUUGUUAAGAGAUAGAAGUUUGUUGUUAAAUAAAUCACACUUUUAAUUGGCUUUUUUUCCACUGUCAAUCAGAAUACACUGUUUUUAUUGGCUUGUUUCCACUGUCAAUCAGAAUACACUGUUUUUAUUGGCUUGUUUCCACUGUCAAUCAGAAUACACUGUUUUUAUUGGCUUGUUUCCACUGUCAAUCAGAAUACACUGUUUUUAUUGGCUUGUUUCCACUGUCAAUCAGAAUACACUGUUUUUAUUGGCUUGUUUCCACUGUCAAUCAGAAUACACUGUUUUUAUUGGCUUGUUUCCACUGUCAAUCAGAAUACACUGUUUUUAUUGGCUUGUUUCCACUGUCAAUCAAACAUAAUAAAGAGGUGGUUUGACA